GUUAAAACAAUAAUAUAUGUAGGAAAUAAUCUCAACGACAAUCAAGGUAAGAAAAUAAAGGUCUAAGAAUAUUUGAAUAAUGAAUUCCCACAGUUUUUUAAAUGUUUACCCAAAUGAAUCUAUAGCACAAAAUUACAUAAAAUACAACUAAAGUAUCUAAACAAGUGAGUUAAACAAAGCAAGUGCCAAAAAUACGCGCAAACCUAACUAUAAACUAUAGAUAGAUUAAAAAGUGCAAUAAACCCAACCAUAGACUCGCAACUUCCGGUGCGUGCAAAAGAAACAAAAAUGAGCGGAAACAGAUUUGAUAAUCGAAUGCUGCACCGCUUCCGGUCGCUUCGUGAGCGCAAACGUCCGCCAAUGGUGGAGAAGCUGAGACAGCGUCGGCUGUCAGAAGAGAGACAGAAAAUAGAGAUAGAGCAGGAUGACGAUGUUGAUGUCGCUUUCGACGUCAGUCUUUACUUCAGUGACGAUAUGGCGGAUCCUUGGAGAGAAAAGGAUGCCAUCGAGCGCGAGCGCCUCUCCCUCCACCAGCAGCUCCGAGACGUGGUCUCCUCGGGCGACGCGGCGCAGCUGAAGGGGCGGCUGGCGGCGCUGGGCCGGCAGGCGGGGCUCGUCGUCAACAUGACGCCCGGCGGCGCCAACACGCUGCUCUACAUGUGAGUGGA